AUGGGCAACGAGGAGUCGAGGAGCACGGGCGCCGCGUGGGCCGCGAGCGCGGUGCGGGAGCGGCCGAGGGUGGGUGGUCGGCCCCCGAGAGGUGCGCAGAAAGGUGGCUACAGCGGCGGGCGAGGAGGACGCUGGUCCGUGCGGCGGCCACAGCGGACUGGAGGCGAUGAAGGACGACGACGUGCACGUCGCCGGGGAGCACGUUCGAGGAGACCCUCGCUAGAGGCGCUGAUGCGGACAGCGACGGCGACAGCGGGAUGGCGGCCGUCAUGGGCGGCGGUGUUGCGACGGCCGGAGGCAGACGGCAAGUUCAGUGCAGCAGCGGUUCGUGGAGGCUGGCCCCGGGCGCGGAGGCGAGGUGGCGCUGGGGGGGGGGGGGGUGAAGGAGACCGGCCAGCGGUGGCGGAUGGAGUGCGGCCGGUCCGGCAUGAGGUGCUGCUCGUCGGCGACGCAGGUCUGCAGUUUUGCGGCGCCGCCAUGGUGGUGGGGCCGGAGGGUGCGAGGUACGCUCGUGGCACCAUGGUGGUGAUACGGGAUGUGCCGGGCCAUCCAUUCUGGUGCAGACGUCGCAGAGGCGACGGGGAGCGCGAAGCUGCCGCAAGCGAUGCCUGGCAGCAAGUCGUGAGACGCCAGGAGGCGCGCCGCCGCUGGGAGGAGCGCACGGCCGAGAGGAGCGCGGCCGGGAGAGCGAGGGGUGGUGAGGAGGAGUGCGGCGGUCGGGAGGAGCACGGCAAGCGGCCGCGCGGCGUCGGCAGGGAGGUGCAGGCGGUGGAAGGCGCUGCGCGUGGGCAGCGAUGGAGGGCGGCGAUUAAAACAGAGGUGGAGGUUCGGCGGCAUGGCGAGUGGUGGCGCGACGGCGGCGUCGCCUCGGCUGGGUUGCCGUAG